GCCGGGAGAGCUCACGCCCCUCGCCAGGGAGGGGCCUUGGCUUCCUUCUGUGCUUGGCAGAGCUACCCACGGAGCCAUGUCUCAGCCGGGUGUGCUGCUCACCAAGGAGCCUGCUCCGCAGACCAUCCCCGUCUCCGAGCUUCCCAUGAAGGUGUACGAGCCGGCUCUGAACACCGGCCCCGAUUCGUCGUGUGGCCUGGCCACGGCCGGCUUCCGCACAGCCAAGUUCCUGCCUGAAGAAUGGCACCAGCACAACUACAUCCAGUACCACGAGGCCUUUGCUGACCGCGACCACUCUGAGCGGUGCCGCCACGAGUCCCAGAACCUGGCUGCUUACACGGCCGAAUUGGCCCAGCGCACGCAGGAGGACUCCACGGCCAAGGUGGGCGAGCGCCUCCAGGACAUCCACUUCUGGAAGUCGGAGCUCCAGAGGGAAAUUGAGGACCUCGUGGCCGAGACCGACCUGCUGUUGGCUCAGAAGCUGCGGCUGGAGCGAGCCAUCGACGCCACGGAGCUCCCCUACAGCAUUGCCAUGGACAACCUGCAGUGCCGUGAGCGCCGGCAGCACCCUGACCUGGUGAGGGACCAGGUGGAGACAGAGCUGCUCAAGGAGGCAGAGCUCAUCCGAAAUAUCCAAGAGCUCCUGAAAAGAACAGUGAAGCAAGCUAUUAAUCAGAUACAGUUAAAUCGGGAUCACAAGCAGAUCUGCGAGAUGGACUGGUCGGACAAGGUCGAAACCUACAACAUCGAUGAGAAAUGCGGGCGGUACAGCAACCAGAGCACCAACAUUCAGUUUCAUCCCAGCUCGUCGAAGUUUGAGGACAGCGCUUCCACACCAGAGACAUGGUCCAAGCACAGCCAUGACAACAUCUAUCGGGCUGAGCGAGAGAAGUUGGCCUCCAUCAACCUCCGUGGCCUGGUCGACCACAUCCUCCAUGAUACAGCUGAGGACCUGCGCCUGCAGUUUGACGUGGUGAAUCAGGCUUUUGCCCAGCGCUGUGAGGAGAUGGAAGACACCAAGCACAAACUGGAGCACAAUUUACAAAAAACCCUCCAGGAGAUUGGGCACCAAGAGCACAAUGUUGAGGCGCUGAAGCAAGCUAUUAAGGACAAAGAAACACCCCUCAAAGUAGCCCAGACGCGGCUUUAUGAUCGUUCCUUUAGGCCCAAUGUGGAUCUCUGCAGAGAUUCUGCCCAGUUUAGGCUCAUCAGCGAAGUGGAAGAACUGACAGAAUCCAUUGAAGCUCUCAAAAAGAAGCUGCUGGAAUCCGAGCAAAGCCUCCGGAAUCUGGAGGACAGCCGGAUGCAUCUGGAGAAGGAGAUCGCCGUGAAGACCAAUAGCCUUUUUAUUGAUCGGCAGAAAUGCAUGGCCCAUCGUACCCGAUACCCAACUAUCCUGAAAUUGGCAGGCUACCAGUAGGGAAGCUGUCAUUCUAGAGGUGAAGUGAGCAAUCUGUGUUGGUCUCCGAAAGUUCUACUUUUCUAGAAAUGUUGUUCAUUGCUGAGGAUGCCAUUCAUUAGCGAUGUAAACUCCUAACCCUUCCAGGAUAAAUUAAAAUAUAGAAUUG